AUGUCGCAGCAGCCCCAACCCAUAAUCCCCAAACCCCUCGACCGGUUUGACCAGGAGCUGCAGGAGCUGCUGAUUGAUGAGUCACGGGCGGAGGGCAUCCAAUUCGUAGACGUGCGAGAGCCCGGGGAAUACGACGCCGCAGCGCUGCCGCGCUUCAAGCUCUUCCCCCUCAGCCAGGCCGCCAAGUGGUCUGACACCAUCACCGAUGACCUGGACAUUGCGAAGCCAACAGUGGUGCUCUGCCACCAUGGAGUGAGGUCCAUGCAGAUGAGCGUCUUCCUCGUGCAGAGAGGAUUUGUGGACGUCGCAAACGUGGCGGGCGGCAUCCACGCCUACAGCCUCGGCGUCGACCCCUCGGUGCCCACGUACUGA